AUGCAGCGUAUCGACGCACACAGCCACGCUGUACCGCCAGGAUGGAGGAAAUACUGCAUAGAGCUUAGAUGGGAAAAGCCAGACGGGAUGUCUAGCAUACCUGAAUGGAGCAUCGAAGCACACAUGAGUCUAAUGGACCGCGCGCAUAUCUUAAAGAGCAUCCUCAGCAUCACUUCUCCAGGCACAUACCUUUCGCCAGGAGACACAUCGCUUUGCCGCAAGAUCACCCGUGAAACGAACUCAGAACUUGCAAACAUCAGCGCGCUCCACCGUGACCGGUUUGGUUUCUUCGCCAGCUUACCUCUCCCCGAUGUCGAAGGGUCAAUAGCGGAGAUUGAUUAUGCUUUGGAUCAGCUGGGGGCGAAGGGAUUUGCAACCUUGACGAACACCAACGGCGUCUAUCUUGGUGAGCCUUCGCUCGACGGGGUAUUCGAGAAGCUCAACGAGGGAAAGGCUGUUGUUAUGAUCCAUCCCACUACAUGUCAGUUGUGCCCUAGCACGCAUCUACAGGCUGCCCAGCAAGUCCGAUCCAUGGAGGUAGUGCCACUACCUCAGUAUCCACGCCCGGUGCUCGAGUUCUUCUUCGACACAGCUCGUGCUGUAACUCAUCUGAUCUUAUCCAAAAUCGUGGAGCGAAAUCCCGAUAUCACUUUCAUUGUGCCGCACUGCGGUUCUGUGCUCCCUUCAGUGAGUGAGCGCUUCACGUCAUAUUCAACUCGAGUCUAUGGUAGCAAUUCCAUUUCCAGCGACGAUGUCCGCCGAAUGUUCAAGACUCGCUUCUACUUCGAUCUCGCUGGCUUCCCAUUCCCAGACCAAAUCCAUGGAAUUCUCAGGUUUACUGAUGUUUCACAUUUACUGUACGGAACCGACUUUCCGUUUCUGCCCGGAGAUGCAGUUGUUGACUCGGCUCAAAGGAAUGACGAGGAAGUGCAAGCUUUGUUUGGGGCCGUUGGCCAAAGAUAUAUCUUUUCUGAGAAUGCCCGUAUAUUGUUAAACCUGGAUUAG